AUGGCGUCCGGAUACGGCGUGAACGGCGGCCCGUCUCGGUGCUUCCCCUUCUGGCAGGAGCUGCUCUCGUGCUACGUUGUCAACACCACCGAAUUCGAUGACUCUGGAAAGGCCAAGUGCGCCGGGCACAUGGAGGACUACUACGAGUGCUUGCACCACAGAAAGGAGGCUGCCAGAGUCAAGGCCCUGCAGGCUGCUUACAGAGCUGCCGAGGCCAAGAAGCUGAAAGAGAAUCCUCCGAAUGCUACGCAAAUAAGGAAUCUGGGGCUGCUAGACAAGGAGGACGACACAAAGAAGGUGCUUGGAUCGAGCUAG